AUGACCACUCUCUUCUGCUGUGAUUCCCCCGGGUCCUUUCGUCCUCAGCAACUCACCCACCAGCAAAAAUUCACCAGCUUCAAAGCCUGGGCCGACUAUCCUCGCUCCUCCUCCGUCACAACUCCUGAUGACUCAGGAGCUGGCUCAAACCCUAUCACUCCUACCACCCCAUACGCCAUUCAAUUUGUUCGACAAGUCAACUACGGUCCUCUUGAAUCCAAACGCUACUUCAUUCCCGAUGAAACUUCCUCAGGAGACUUUAUCGAGAUUACCGAACAACAUCUGAUCCAAGCCAAUUAUCAGAAAUUGAAUUCAUAUAAGAACUUCAAAUGCACCUCUCAUAAUAAAUUUUUCGAGAUGAACCUGUAUCAGAAGGAUCCGGUGAAUGUUCAUCACUGGCGGGCAAACAUUGCGAGACCGGCGGGAGAUAUCGAUCUUUGAUGCGAAAGUUGGAGGAGAGAAGCGAGGAAAUUGAUCUGUGGUCUUGAGUUUCUUGGUUCUUGUUGUUUCACUGUGCUGUGCUACUGGGUUGGAUUACAAUUUUCAUUCAUUAUGUCUUUCAUACUGCUUGGCUCGAAGGAGACUUGGGAAUUAGCUGGUUGCUGUUGUGGAAGGGGUGGAUGGCAGUUGUUUUGGUGUGUGAGUGUGAGAUGAGGAGGGAGAAGUUUACCGUAUCAACGCAAAUUCAUCGGAUGAAACAUCGUGCUCCCCUCUCAUAGCAAAUCAAAUCCUCAUACUCGCAUACAAAGUUACCUGCUGUAUGAAAACAAUUCUUCCCCACGGAAAGCUAUCGAUCUGUAAUUACAAUUACAAUCACAA